AUGGCUGUCCUCUCUUCCAGCGAUCCAUCUGCAGAUGCGACUCUUAAAGUAUUUGCAGAUUCACUCGACUUCGCUCUGACGAAGGACUUCACUGAACAGAAGUUACUGGAGGCCAAGUUGUUGGUGUUCAAGGAGUUGGACUGCCCAUUUCCUGCCGGUUGGCAUGGCCUGCAGGCCUUUUUGACGGGCAUCGACGGUGAGAAAAGCCAGGCUCACACAGAGCUCCUCUUCUCUGUAGACGAGGCAGGAGUUAAAAAGGCGGCUCAACAGUUAAAGCACCAAUUAGAGCAGUCAGUUGCACUUGGCCGGGCUGUUCUCGGUCCAAAGGAGACUUCAAAAUGGACGAAGACAAGUGACCAGAGCUUGUUUUUUUCUGCUGCAGUAGUAAUGCAUGUGCGGACUACUGCGCAGGAUAUUUUCGUACUAUUUUUAAGUUACUAG